AUGUCAUUCCAGCAACUCGAUAAUCCAUUCGAUGGCGGUGGACUAACUCCACCACCAGGAUACGUCGUACCGUCUUUCCCGUCUCUCUACGACCCCCGAUUCGAUUUUGGCGAUAACGAUCCAAACAAUCCGCCCCCGGGAACAUACUACUUGUACAACUCGUUUGAGAUAUAUCGCUUCACUCUAUACUGGACACUCAUAUUCUAUGCUUCUUCAUUUGCAUUGUGCGGGACGUUUGCGCUCUUGGUCCGGGGUCUAGCAAAGCGCCGUGCGCCGAAACUGUUCGUCACCGUGGUUCUUGCUUUUAUACUCACCGGAACGUUCUUUGCGGUUGUGGGAUCGGCGAUUGUUGGAUAUGUUCUUGCUGCCAUCUAUUCAGUCGGGUACUUUAGCAUGUCUACUUGGGUUCCCUUUUUGUGGGCGCUCAUCCUCACCCUCGUUGCUGUAAUGGGUUCCUAUUCAACCGUGAUUGUAAUGUUAUAG